GCGAAAGCAGUGCAAAUGCAGUGUUUGUGUUUAUCUUUAAAUUCUGAAUAUCAAAUGGUCUAAAUAAUAUUUAAUAUGGCAUGGCUUUAUAGCCUUUUUUUCGCACUGGGUUCGAUAACAUGCUUUUGAAAUCUGAAGGUCCAGCUGUUUACAAAAGGUCAUUCGGGGUCAAGUUCAAGUGGUGUCAAAACAACAACCUUUAGAUAGCAUAGCACUAGCAGUCUACGACAAUCGACAAUACCGGCAACAUGGCAAGCGUGUUUGGGAGAAACUUUGCUACUGGCGUGAAACUCGUUCAAGGGAUCACUGCACAGUGUUUCACAGCAAGUGUUUCAACUAGCAGCAGGUUGCAGACUUUAUCAUUGGUGAAGAAUUCAAACAACACCCAGCGAUAUUUUUCCACAGGUUGUCGCCUGUUGUCAUCAGUGAGAGUCCAGCAACCAGCUCCUGAUUUUCAAGGCCAGGCAGUGGUUGAUGGCCAGUUCAAGGAAAUCAAGUUAUCUGAUUUCAAAGGAAAAUACCUUGUGCUAUUCUUUUACCCGCUUGACUUCACUUUUGUUUGCCCCACUGAGAUCAUAGCCUUCAGCGACAGUAUUGACAAGUUCAAAGCAAUAAACGCUGAGGUUGUUGGUGUAUCAACUGAUUCCCAUUUUAGCCAUUUGGCUUGGAUAAAUACUCCCAGAAAGCAAGGGGGACUGGGUGGUCUCAAGUAUCCCCUCCUCGCAGACUUCUGUAAGUCCAUCUCAAGGGACUAUGGUGUACUCCUGGAGGAUCAAGGAAUAGCCUUAAGAGGUCUCUUUAUUAUUGACCCUACUGGAGUUGUUCGCCAAAUCACCAUCAAUGACCUUCCUGUUGGUCGAUCUGUCGAUGAGACCGUCAGGCUGAUCCAAGCAUUCCAGUUUGUGGAACAGCAUGGUGAAGUGUGCCCAGCGAACUGGCAGCCAGACUCUGCAACAAUCAAACCAACGCCGGAGGCUUCGAAGGAUUAUUUUGAGAAAGUUAACUGAGUUUGUCACUGAGAUCUUGACUGAUGUUGUAAUUUAUGCCCAUGUGAAAUCCGUUAGGGUUUAAUGUAAAAUUGAUGUUCUUUUCUGCUUGCGUCCUUUGUGAUACUGAUCAUGUGUGUGUAUGAGAGUGUUUUUCAGCUGGUGGGGAGUACUUAUUGAUCUAUGGAUUAAUGAUGUUCUUAAUCCAAAAGUCACUAGACUGGUGCCCUGCAACUCAAUAUUUUAAACUUUUUUGUUGUUAAUCUGGGUCUUUUAUGUCCAUAAGGGGUGUGAACUUCAUUUUUUAUUUUUUUAAAUGAAUUUUUCACCCUUUUAGAUGAUCUCAAAAUUAAAUAUUUACAAUAUUUGUAUAAUGUUGGCGUAAAAGGUUUUGAGUGUUUAAAGAGUUUGGUUUACUUUUGAAUUUUUCACGACCUUUGUUGCUUACAGGUUAAUCUUUCUGCUUCUGAUGAAGUCACAUUUCAAAAUCAUUUUACACUGUUGUUUUAUGCUUUAUUUUCUUCUCUUAGAGAUCUGAUCUUAACAAAAAUCACUGGAAAAAAAUAUUUCUUUUCAUCUUCACAUAGUCUUUGAUUUAACUUGGGUUACACUGAGAUGUUCUAAUGGUAGCUGAAACUCCUUCACAAAGAAAAUGAAAUUCACUUACCAAGUAGUAUUUAUCAUUCAGCUUUAUGAUACUAAUAAUGUACUUUAUUGUGCUUGGAACACAUGUGUCAGUCUAAAAGAGAUCACAGUCUUCUUGAAUUCUACAUAAAGUGAAGAAGACAAUGAUUAAAGGGUAUUCACUUGUAUCAUAUAGGCUCCUUCAAAGCCACAGACCAAGAUUACCUGUUUGAAAAACAAGGCUUGUGCAGAAUUCCUCAAUAGUGUGAAGUUGAAAAAUAGUUGGUUACUUUUCUCCAUCGUAUGCUGUGAGUCUAGGAUUAUUUGUCCUCCCAUUUAUAGCAUUCUAGUCUUUUAAUAGUCAGUCUGACGUAUUUUUAGAAUUAUCCGAUUUAAAGUAUGGAUUUUUUUCUGCUUUAAAAUGUUUGUUUUGCUUUGUUUCAAGUUUUGUGAACUAUUGGUGUGAGUGUGAGCACAGUAUGGAGCCGGAGAUUUGGAUGAUAAUUGUUUUAAAUAAACAGAGACACAUUUCACCUUUA